AUGAUACAGCAACCCCGAGGUCGACGCCAUUUGAGACCGCUUCAAGUACCCAUCUCCCUGAUUCCGACCUUUUUGAGGAUAGCGUCUUCCCAUACUCAACGGGGAAUCGAGAUGUGCGGUCUCCUUCUCGAAGAAGAAUCCGGCGAGCUCGAAGUGCGGGCGUUGUUGAUCCCUCGACAGGAAGGGACGUCGGAUACGUGCACGAUGAAGGAGGAAGAGCGGGUCGUCGGGGUGCAGCUCGAACGGGGGUUGAUCGCUCUCGGCUGGAUACAUACGCACCCGACGCAAUCCUGCUUCAUGUCGUCCAUGGACUUGCACACGCAUUCAGCUUACCAGCAAACCUUGCCAGAAGCCAUCGCCAUCGUCUGUGCUCCACGCAGCGAUCCGGCGUUCGGCAUCUUUCGACUGACAGAGCCGGCAGGACUGAUGACCGUGCUCCAGUGCAAGCGUCGGCAAACGUUCCACGAGCACCCCAGGAUUUCCGGAGGACUAUAUACGGACGCGGAUCAUGGAGGACACGUCUUGUUGAACGAACGGGGGAGAGGGAUCGAGGUGAUCGAUUUGAGGCGAUAA